ACUCACCUUCAGUGAGUGAUAAUGACACGAACAGACUCAUCCUUUACAAGGCGGCGCCUUCUUCUCCCGUUGCCGACAGAGACGGCGCGGAUCUCAUUUUAAAUCCCGUUCAGAUGUGGAGACGUCGGUGUAUCCCGACAGCGCGGCCUCGGGCCCACUCACCCGCCCCGGGAUGCAGUGCUUAUCCCGGACGGACGGAUUCUGGCUCCGGGCUGUUUGCAACUCCGCCUGUGAAAAAAUUAUAUUUCAUAAAAAUAUCAGAAAUAUAAGCGCAGGGGCUUCAAACCAACAGUGAGUAAGACUCGGGCAGCAGCUGGUGAGCGAUGAGGAACAGAGGAAGCUACUUUACUGAUGCACGGCUGAAGCAAAGAGUUAAACAGUAUCUUGGCAGGAGUCAGUAUGUUGAUAUCACAACCAUGGCAGCCGACAUGCAGAGAAUGUACAGCACAGAGUAUGGCCGGAGGAGGAGGACAGCGUUUAAGAUUCAAGUGGAGAAAGUCUACAGAUCAGUCUGUGCUCAGCAGGGUGAGGAGUUAGAGGAUUAUGAAGAGGAACAUCUGACUAAGAGAGCUCGUCAAGGAUAUGGGGAUGAUGGGGAGGAGCUGGUCUCUUCAGACACAACCGACAGUGAGAGCCAAGCAGAGGACCCGCCGGGAAAUCAGAUGAACUCUUCUCUACUGAGCCUGUACCGGAAAGGAAAUCCGGAGUCCGUGCCCUCCACUCCCAGGGGAGCCAGCACGCCUGGGCAGCCGGUCCCGGUGGCAGCCAGCAAGCCCGCCAGGACCCCUGGAAACACCAGAGUCUCUGAGGGCGGCUGGUUCAUUGACAGUACCCCUGGCAGAGAGAGGCCGCAUCCCAUCCUGGUGGACCUCUGCGCUGAAGAGAAAGGCCCGGCACAGAGUGAGGAGGAACGGGAGGUCUCACGGCUGGAGAAGAGGAGAGUGAAUAAAGGAAAGCGGCGGAACAAGGGCGCAAAGCAGGACGUGGAUAAAGAGAUUCAAUCGUUACUGAGCCAAAGAGCUCCGCACGCUGGCUUUGAGAUGCAACACUCCUCCGUGAGAUUCCAGGAUAUCGGUGGCAACGAGAAGACGCUGAAGGAGGUUUGCCGGCUGCUCAUUCACAUGCGACACCCGGAGGUGUAUGAGCGGCUGGGGAUGCAGCCCCCUCGUGGCGUCCUGCUCCACGGACCACCUGGCUGUGGCAAGACCCUGCUGGCACAAGCAAUCGUAGGGGAGCUGGAGAUGCCUCAGCUGAAGGUGGCGGCUACAGAGGUUGUGUCAGGGGUGUCGGGGGAGAGCGAGCAGAAACUACGAGAGCUGUUUGAACAGGCGGUGACAAACGCCCCCUGUGUUAUCUUCAUUGAUGAAAUUGAUGCCAUUUCCCCCAAGCGGGAAGUGGCCUCAAAGGACAUGGAGCGUCGCAUCGUGGCUCAGCUGCUCAGCUGUAUGGACGAUCUGAACAACCUGUCGGCAGCCACUCAGGUCCUAGUCAUCGGUGCCACCAACCGGCCCGACUCCCUGGACCCCGCCCUCAGGAGAGCCGGCCGUUUUGACCGCGAGAUCUGCCUCGGAAUCCCCGACGAGGGAGCACGAGAACGGAUUCUCAGGACUCUUUGCCGACGGCUGACGCUCCCAGAUACCUUUGAUUACCGACAGGUGGCCCGGCUGACCCCGGGGUAUGUGGGCGCUGACUUGAUGGCGUUGUGCCGGGAGGCAGCGACGAGCGCUGUGAACCGCAUCCUGGUCCACGUGCCAGAGCCGGAGCCGGCACUGGACACUGAGCAACAUCCAGCCCAGGAUUCCCAGGAUGAGUUUGUGAGAUUGCUGCAGCUGCUGAAGCCUGGGAAUCCGGUCCCAGACGAGCAACUCUGCAUGCUCCGCAUUGAGAUGGCAGAUUUCACCAGCUCGGUCACCACGGUCCAGCCCUCGGCCAAGCGGGAAGGGUUUGCCACUGUCCCUGAUGUGACCUGGGCUGACAUCGGGGCCCUGGAGGCUGUGCGGGAGGAGCUGACCAUGGCCAUUCUGGCCCCGGUCAGAAACCCAGAGCAGUUCCAGGCGUUGGGGCUGUGCACUCCAGCAGGGGUGCUGCUGGCAGGGCCACCCGGCUGUGGCAAGACCCUGCUGGCCAAGGCUGUUGCCAACGAGUCUGGACUGAACUUCAUCUCUGUUAAAGGCCCCGAGCUGUUAAACAUGUAUGUGGGUGAGAGCGAGCGAGCGGUGAGACAGGUGUUUCAGCGAGCUCGGAGCUCGGUGCCGUGUGUGAUAUUCUUUGAUGAGGUUGAUGCCCUGUGCCCACGUCGGUCCGACCACGAGUCUGGGGCCAGUGUGCGUGUCGUGAACCAGCUGUUGACUGAGAUGGAUGGGUUGGAGGCUCGCAAGCAGGUCUUCAUCAUGGCUGCCACCAACAGACCAGAUAUUCUGGAUCCGGCCGUACUGCGACCUGGACGCUUGGACAAGACGCUGUACGUGGGCCUGCCAACUCCGUCUGAUCGCUGUGCCAUCCUCCAGACCCUAACAAAGUGGGGGACCCGGCCGCCAUUGGGAGGAGAUGUGGAUCUGAAGGCGAUUGCAAGUGACCAACGCUGCGACUGUUUCACGGGUGCGGAUCUUUCAGCCUUGGUCCGUGAAGCCUCGAUCAAUGCCUUGAGGCAGCAGCUCUCCACCUCCCCACCUGACAGCCCAGUUUCAGGGUCUUCCGCUGGAAUCCAGGUCAGUCGACAACACUUCGAAACUGCCUUCCAGAAAGUGAGAUCGUCCGUGUCCGUAAAGGAUCAAAUCACCUAUGAAGCAUUGCGGAUCUCACUCAAUCAAUGAUGAACAACACCCACCUACAUCAUUUUGUGUCCAGCUCAGUUUAUUCUUACCCUCUUCUGAGAAUGCAGUGGGAAUAACAUGGGGGGGAGGAAAGUUUAUUCUUGAGUAAGAGGUCUCAAUAUUUUUAUCAGCCAAAUUUGAGCCACACUCUUGAAGAUCUCACUGGCUCCACCUGGAGCAGUGACCUUCAUUGUCAGAAUCAAGGUCACUUCCUCGUUCUCCCCAUACAAACUGCAUAUACUUCCUCCCUCAGUCACAGAGAAACAAUCAAAAUACUGACUACUCUGUUCACUCUCUCCCAUUCAUUCACAGACACUGCUUCCUCUUUCAUACUCGCACUUUUGUACUCAUUCACACACACACACACAUGCUUAUUUAUACAUCUAAUCAUCUAUACAUCCAUUGUGCAACACCAUUGGAAUCUUUGCCACUGCUGUGGUCAGCAGAGGGAAGAAUUAUCAGCGUUAACUGGAACUGGAGAAUCUCAUGUAAAUUUCAAUCCAUGACUGUUCGCAAUUGACUUCCGCAUUUCACCCACAAAAUAUGCAAUCAAUUCACUUCACCAUAUAUUCUGUGAAAUGCUUUGAGGUCCUAAAGAUGUGAUAAGGCGCUAUAACAAAUGCAAGAAUUAUAUUAAAUAUCAACCUCCAACUGCAGUGUUCCCAAAUGCUUUACCGCUCAUUAAGUCACGUUGGCACAGCUACUAUUGCUAAGUGAAUAAUGUCACAGUGACUACCAUUCCUCAUUUUCAGAAUCAAGUGACAAAAGUUUGGACAAAGAAUCUUUUGUAAUUUACGUCAUAACAAAGUAAAAAGAAAUUUGUACUUUAACUCAUCACUGAAUUUGGUUGU